AGUGUAGUGUCCAACAUGUUUCGAUGUAUACCUUUGUUCAAAUGUAAUCGCCAAGUGGAAUGUGUGGACAAGCGGCAUUGCUCGUUGCCAACAGUACCUGAAGACAUCUUGCGAUAUUCCAGGAGUUUGGAGGAGUUGUUUUUGGAUGCGAAUCACAUAAGGGAUUUGCCGAAGAAUUUCUUCCGGCUACAUCGCCUCCGAAGAUUAGGCCUUAGUGAUAAUGAAAUUCACAAGCUUCCACCUGACAUACAAAAUCUAGAAAACUUAGUAGAACUAGAUGUAUCUCGAAAUGACAUUCCUGAUAUUCCGGAAGACAUCAAGAAACUGCGGGCGCUGCAAAUCGCAGACUUCAGCAGCAAUCCGAUCCCGCGAUUGCCGGCCGGUUUUAGCCAGCUUCGAGCACUCACCGUUCUCGGCCUCAAUGACAUGUCCCUUACGAGCCUGCCUAGCGACUUUGGAAGCUUGGUGUCUCUACAAUCGUUGGAACUGAGAGAAAAUCUGCUGAAGUCGUUGCCGGAGUCACUCAAGAAUCUGACUAAGCUAGAACGAUUGGAUUUGGGUGAUAAUGAGAUCGAAGAACUGCCGGGAUUCAUCGGAGAACUGCCAGCGCUCGAAGAACUGUGGUUGGACCACAACAAACUACAGUAUUUGCCGCCGGAAAUCGGCAAUUUAAAGGCUUUAGUUUGUCUCGACGUCAGCGAAAACAAACUGGAGAAAAUUCCAGAAGAAAUCGGGGGCUUGUGCUCGCUGACUGACCUCCACCUCUCCCAAAACAUGCUAGAAACGGUACCAAGAGGCACCGGUGAUCUAUCAAAGUUAGCUAUACUGAAGUUGGACCAAAAUAGAUUACAUACGUUAAAUGAAAAUGUAGGAAGGUGUACAAAUCUACAAGAGCUUAUAUUAACGGAGAAUUUCUUAAUGGAACUGCCCAAGUCGAUAGGGAAUCUCAAUAAGUUGACCGUACUGAACGUAGAUAGGAAUUCAUUGGCUGAUAUACCGGUGGAGAUCGGGAACAUGAUGCUGCUCGGUGUUUUGAGCUUACGGGAUAACAAGUUGACAAGACUGCCGAAUGAGUUGGGCAACUGCAAAUCACUGCACGUCUUAGAUGUUAGUGGCAACAGGCUUCAGUACUUACCGUACACAUUAGUAAACCUGGAAUUAAAAGCGGUUUGGCUGUCAGAAAACCAGGCCCAGCCAUUAUUGACCUUCCAGACUGACCGCGACGAGAUUACCGGCGAAAACGUUCUCACGUGCUUCCUGCUGCCACAGCUUAGCUAUACACAGCAACCAGAGCUGGAACACACUGCAGAGGUCGGCAGUGGACACUGGUUCAGGGAUCACAGGUUUAAUUCACAAUCGCAGGAACUAGACAGAAUCAGAGAAUCUUCGAUACCCCGUGACCGGGACUCCGACAACGACGAUUGGGAAGAAAAGGAGGCGUCUCGCACACACUCCGUCAAAUUUACAGAAGAGAUUCCCGAAGCGAAAGAGACUCCGUUCGUCCGUCAAAACACGCCACAUCCAAAGGAGCUUAAGGCCAAGGCACAUAAGCUGCUCGCCGGUCGCUCGCCUGAGACCGUCACGCAGAAAGAAACGCCUACUACUAACGGUCUACCGCUGUCGCCGCCUGUGCCUACACCUGCUAUGGAACCACCUAGACCGGUAUUCAUCCCACCGCCUCCACCCGAAAUUACGAAAGAGGAAGAAAGCGAUCGGGAAACCAACCACGAUAGAGAGUCGUCAGACGCCGAAAACGACGAGAAUGAAGAUUCUGAGGAAUUAGAGGCCAUAAAGAAACGGGAGCAACAGGAAGAAUUGAAGACUGAUGACGAGGAACGACGAUCGGAUGAUAUUCCUGAUGGUGAAUCAGUGUCGGAACGCACAGAAAGCGAAGCCCGUGUAGUAAACGACCAGCGGUGCAUAGAAGUGCGCAUCGCUCGUGCUGCUGGCGGGCUCGGCCUCAGCAUAGCCGGUGGCAGAGGCUCCACGCCUUACAUCGGCGAUGACGAAGGCAUUUUCAUAUCUCGAGUCACUCCCAACGGCCCUGCCUACCUAGCUGGUCUCAGAGUCGGUGAUAAGGUGCUCUCAGUGAAUGGUCAAUCUGUCGUGGAUGUGGACCAUUAUUUCGCGGUUGACGUGCUGAAAGCCAGUGGCGCGACACUUACUCUCGUCAUCACCAGAGACACGCCAAACUCCACCAGAACACACAGUCGAGCUCCAAGUGGCGCGAGUCACCAUUCUUUGUCAACGAAUGACACUGUUUCUACAUUGGAAAAUGGACAGGUGCAAACCGGGCGCGGUAUACCAACAAAACCUCUUAUCAUCGGUAACCAAUACGCUCAGGAAUUCGAACCAGAAAUUAAGGAACAAAAACAAGUCAACAAUGUUACGCCAAUCACACCGAGGGGGCUUUACAGCCCGUCACCGGCGGUACAAAUCACUACGGACACAUAUCAGAGACUUCAGGCAUCGCCACCGCCGCCUGUGACACAACCUUAUGUACCUCCUGUAUAUCAACAAAAGGUGCUAGUCCACACUACGCUGAUACGCGAUGGCGCAGGGCUAGGAUUCAGUAUAGCUGGUGGCAAAGGUUCCCCUCCUUACAGAGAGGACAGUGAUGCCAUUUUCAUCUCGCGUAUCUCGCCACAAGGUGCUGCGGCGAAGGAUGGGAAGAUGCAAGUCGGGGAUAAAGUCAUCUCGAUAAACGGCGUAGAUAUGGAGAACGCCCCUCACGAACUUGCCGUCUCUCUUCUCACAGGGCACGAAAGAUUCGUGCGGCUCGUGCUACAGCGUACUAUCACACCUGAUCAGGAUCCGAUUCAGCGGAAGUCGACAUCAACUUCAGAAGAAGUGAGAGAGCACAAGCCGACCGUGCAACUUGUAACGGUGUUGGCAGCACCGAAACCCACCAAUCACGAAACCGCACCACUUGUGGGCAACCAUACUGCUCCACCCGCACCUCGCAUCUCACACUCCACCCCCACCCCCAUCCCUUCAGUGGUGCCCGUGCAAAAGCCCCCUCCAUUCACAACCAUUGGCGCGGUUCCGCCGCAGCCCGCACCGAGAAGACUUAGCCAACCCAAUGGACAGCCUGGCACGAAAUCGACACCUAACAGUACGAGCACGCCUCUAACUCCCGGCGCGAAUAAUAUGCACGGGUCCACCGACGACGUUUUCGACGAUAUACAGCCUCGGCCGAUCACGAACGAGGACUUCCAAGCGAUGAUCCCGGCGCACUUCCUGGGAGGUCCACGGGCGACUAGCACCGAGCCACCUUCCAGCGGGGUUCGCGUGACAGUGGAGCGUGCGGGUGCGGCUGCCAUGCUGCCCCCACCCCCCGCGUCUCUCGGCCGCGUCACCGAAACAAUCACCAAGUCCACCUUCACCGAGACCACAGUGACGCGGGUCACUGACAACAACCUCGUGGCGCCGCUCAUCGCCGAAGAUGUCGUACUGAUGAAGGAAGGUGGGUCUCUUGGCUUCAGCAUUAUUGGGGGUACGGAUCACUCUUGCGUACCGUUUGGGGGCAAGGAUCCGGGAAUAUUCAUAUCACACGUGGUACCAGGAGGCGUAGCAGCCCGAUCAGGCAAGUUGCGCAUGGGCGAUCGAUUGCUAAAGGUCAACGGACACGAACUAGUCGGUGCUACACACCGCGACGCCGUUCAACUGCUACUAACACCCGGACCUACCCUUACGUUAACUGUGCGGCAUGAUCCUCUGCCCAUCGGUUUCCAGGACCUAACAAUAACGAAACAAGAAGGCGAGAAAUUAGGUAUGCACAUAAAGGGUGGGCUGAACGGUCAACGUGGUAAUCCUAAUGAUCCUAACGACGAGGGCGUCUUCAUAUCAAAGAUCAACAGUGGCGGCGCUGCCAGGAGAGACGGACGACUUAAGGUCGGCAUGCGUCUGCUAGAAGUGAACGGCAUAUCUUUACUCGGCGCGACGCACAAUGAAGCCGUCAAUGCCCUGCGUUCAGCUACGAACGCGCCAUUACAUCUUAUCGUAUGUCAAGGAUAUACGCGACCAGAGAAGUAUACUACCGGUAGCGAGAGCGGGACGGCGGACACCGGCGGCUCUCUGUCUCACUCAACGUCAAGCCUGGACCGAGAUGAGCCCUUGCACCCGCAUCAACCGGAGCAGCAUUUCCAACAGGAUCUGGUUGAGUUUGAACACGAGAAACAAGUCGCAGAAAUGAGAGAAAAGUCUACACCAGAAAAAGUAUUAGACAUUGUUCACGCCGUAGAAAGUAUCGCAUUGGAGCCUCGGCCGAUGUCGCCGACGUCACCAGAGCCGCAACACAAGACCACUACCGUUGUAAUGUCCAAACAUACGCUGCAACCUCAGUCGUCUAGCACGCAAGCGUCGCCUCCUUCGCCGCUAGCUGUGUUCACACACCAGAAGGUGCGGACGCCGCCCCCCGCUGCGCCCACUCCCCCUCCGACGCCUGCCGCCGGCACGCCAGUGGAUCCCCCACACUACAAUGCGCCGGCGGCGCCUUCCUCACCAGCCGCCCCGCAGCAGAGGCCGCAGCAGCCGCCACCGCCUCCUCCUAAACCGAAACCACCUGUGCCUCACAAGCCACAAAUGAAGCGAGUUAGUUUUACUCAAGAUCCACACGACGAAUAUGAACGAGAAUCGAUUGACAUGAAACCGAUUACCCAACCCCUCCUGCAUGAGGUGCAUGAAAUCGAAGAAGAGGUUCCUACGGCCUAUGCGACUAACGAUGCAUGCGUGAAAACCAGUAGCUCUUUACUAAUCGAACGAUCGCCAAAAACCGAGCUGGAGGUCUCGAGGCCGGUCGCUAGGGCCAGUCCGAUCCACCCCGAUGACAUCAUCAUUCCUCCUCCGCCUUUGUUCGAUUCGAACGUAAGUGAGAGUCCUCCUGUCUCCGAAGAUGAAAAAGAUAUGAGUUUGCCACCCAUCACCGUAAUUCCCGAGCGGAUAGUGCUGCCGACGCCUGAUGUAGCCGAAACAUCCAUGCAGUCCAACUCUACAAACUCCCCUGAAGCUGAAGUUCCCCCUCCAGUCAAUUAUUCCGCCUUCCCAACGGCUAUUUCUCAUCCCGUAGGCGUUCCAUCUCGUUUAGCUGUUCAAUCACAUGUGCCUCAAUAUCAAGUCUUCCGCACUCCCGAACCCACAUCCUUUAGUAGUGAUGAUUAUUAUAACGAGUUAUCAGUUAGUCCUGGUGGUGAUCCCGAGCCACCAGAGCUAUUACAUGUGCAUUACGGCACCUUGCCGUCUGUUUCGCACAUUCCCCAAUGCUCGUGUAAGUUACACCCAGACAUAACGUUAUCCGAUGACAUUCCGAUACACAUUCCAACACAUUAUUCAUUACGAGAUUUACGUGUAAGAAAUCUUCCAUCGAGCAUAGUUCACUCAUCAACAUAUCCACCCAUCAAUCCGUACCCCUCUCUAACGACGGUUGCGGGCACUUACAAUCCGUAUACUUGCAGUCCUUCGGUGUGUGCCUCUAGUCAUUCCUGCAAUACAUGUUGCAAACCAUCUCCAGUAUCUCCAUCUUUACCUAGCCCCCUCGUGCAAGAUAUAAAUGCAAACGUCACUCGAACCACCCCGACUAAUAAUGAUGAUCGGCCCAAAAGUGUACAGUCAGAAAGAAGAGUGCGUUUCGAGGAAGUGACGACUGCACCCGAACCCGAUUUGUUGUUCAAAAAUUUGGAACUCGAGAGGGAAGCGAACUCCCUGCCCACAUCUAGCCCGAAACCCGCAUGGAGCAGCAAAAUGAAAGCCUUUGCCAUCGGCGAGGCUUCCCCACCUCAUUCUGGUAAUUUUGUGAAAGCGUCUGUUAGCGACAAGAAGAAAUUCUUCGAAAGUGCAAUGGAAGAAAGUCACAAACCGUCGCCCAAGCCAGAGAAAGUUUUCACAUUCUUGUCAGCGGAUGAGGUGGAGAAAUUGAAGCAGGAAGAGGAGCGGAAGGUGGCGUCUCUGUCGCGCGCAGAGCUACGCUCUUGGUCCCCAGGGGAGGACCACCCGAGCGGAUAUAGCUCGCAUUCCGACGACGAACCUUAUGAGAACGGUCAUAGUGCGUCGACGGGUGGAGUAAGUCCGUCAGCAAAGUCAGCAAGACGACGAGCGGAUCGCGAUUCAGCCGAGCCUGAAGACGCAAACACGCGCGCCGCACGUCGCGCUGCUUGGCGAGCCGCGCGCCUGCGUUCACUUGAACAUGAUGCAAUUGAAACAUCAAAAGCCAUAAAAAAUAUGGUGGGUCCAGCCAAUGACAUUAUAGGUGAAAUGCCGUCGCGAGAGAAAUCUCCUUCCGAGAAAUGGCCCCUGCCUCGUAUUGCGUUACGUACAAAACCGGGGCCGAUACUGGCCAUCAAGGAGAAGGAAAAGUUAUUAAACGAGAGAAUAACUCUGCGCACCGAGGAAUAUCUAUGCCCGACCACCGGAGAGACUAAAGUCCGAACCGUCGAGUACAUUGAGAAAGUCAUUGAGAAAGAGGUGGAGACAACGCAAGAAAAAAUAAUAUCGCUGGAGUUAACCACUAGUCCAUGUAGUGAAACAGCGCCUACUGAUUUAGAGGAGGCGGGAAUCAGCUUAGGAGAGGGGGAGAUAGACGGCGGGGAGAAUUCGCUCCAGCCAGAUAUAGUGCAAGUGGUAAACCCGCUGUUGGAUGGCGGCGCGGGACACGUGACCGCCAUACCCGUCGGCCCCGCCGAUAAAAUCACCGCCUACACCGAACAGCCAUAGUAAAACAUCCCCCGAAGAAGUAGUCCAUCUCCGUUACAAUUUGUUCUCAUGACAAUCGACAACUUAUUUUUUCCGACUCGAUGCAUAUCGAGAAUCGAACUCGAUCGUAGAUUUCUUCAAUGAAUCGAAACAAGAAAAGGUAUUGAACGAGUUUCCAUCCUUAAUUUGUAUUGUAACUGUGAUAAUAAGUUUAGAAUACCACCGACUUCAUAUAGAACGGGCAGGUUGAAGAAAUCCACUAACGAGGGACACGUUCUAGUAGCACUUUAUUCUGAUCACAAUUUUAUUUUUCUAUUAAUGUUUUGCGACGGAGAUUUUUUAGAUUUAUCAUAGGUGUUACUAUCUAUUUUGAUAGAGAAUGUUCUUGAAUACUUUACGUAUUUAAUAUUAAUAAUUUUCAUUCCGUGCAAAUUUUUUAUGAUUGACUGAAUGCUGAUGCUGUACCUGCUAAGUAGAAACAUUUGAGAAUGUGAUUUGAUGAGAUAUAGAUUAAUGUUGGACGAGUACGAUUUCAUAUAUGUGGUCUGUAACUGCAUACCAUUGACAGCAGUAUUUAAACACGGUUGGUUCGCCAACUAACGUAAUUGUACAAACAUACGCAAUUUGGCAUCACAUUUCCACCUCGAACAGUAUAAGUUAUUUUUAUUAUUCAUAAUAUUAAUUAGUUUAAAUAUUUUAUUUGUGUAUUGUUGUUAAUCAUUCAGUAUUUGUGUUUACUGGUGUAUUACUAUUUUAAUUUAAAUGUUUUAGUUUUUACUUCUAUGUACUGUGGUGCCUUAAUUUCUCAAAUGGAUUUUUAUGUAAUGUUACGAUGCUAUUGUAUACUUAAUUCAGAUUCAAUUUCAAUAAUUUUUUUGAAACUUUUUAAAUAAUCAUUAUAUUGAAAUGUAAUUGUCGUAAUCCCUUACCGAUGGUAAAGAAAAUUUGCUUAUACGAAAACUGUAAGAUGUAUUCUGAUGGUAAUAUCCGACUAUAAUGCAUAUUGUAUUUUGUCCUUACUCUUAAAAGUGUAUAUUUUCGCUGAUAACUAUAUCAAAUUUAAUACUAUUAAAUAUUGAUGAUGGGAUGAAUGUUUCGAUAUGUCGAAUGAAAGAAUGGUUUUCUAAGUGUGCCCUUUGUACCUUCCCAAGGCUCUUUAGCG